AGGCGCGUGGCGCGGCGGGCGGGAGCCGGCGCGCGGCGGGGGCGGCCAUGGAGGAGGUGUGCGCCAAGUUCGUGUCGCAGAAGAUCAGCAAGACGCGCUGGCGGCCCCUGCCCGCCGCUGCGCUCCAGCCGCCCGAGCUCUUCGCCACCGGCUCCUGGGACAACGAGGAUAACAGGAUCUCCAUUUGGUCUGUUGGAGACCUUGGAAAUGUGGGCCUCAAUGGUGAAUAUCAAGGAGAACCUCAGCUGCUGUGUGACAUCAGGCACGAUGGUGAUGUUAUGGACAUGCAGUUUUUGGAUCAAGAGAGAAUCGUGGUUGCCUCAUCAACAGGAACUGUAACUGUAUUCCGUCAUCAUCAAAAUAACCAAACUUUAUCUGCCAACCAUCAGUGGGAGAAAGCCCAUUAUCAUGUGGAUCAAAACACAUCUUGUGGUGGAGCAGCAUGUACCGGAGUCAUCUGCAACAACCCAGAAAUUGUCACUGUUGGAGAAGAUGGUAGAAUAAAUCUCUUCAGAGCUGAUCAAAAGAACGCAGUACGAACUAUAGACAAUGCAGACAGCAGUACGCUCCAUGCAGUGACUUUCCUUCGCACAACUGAGAUCUUGACAGUAAAUUCAAUUGGACAGUUAAAAAUAUGGGACCUCAGACAGCAAAAAAAUGAGCCAUCUCAUAUAUUUUCUUUGACAGGUGACAGAGUUCCACUACACUGUGUGGACAGGCAUCCCAGUCAGCAGCAUAUUGUGGCCACAGGGGGCCAGGAUGGGAUGCUGAGUGUAUGGGACAUCAGGCAUGGUACUAUGCCGGUGUCCCUGCUAAAUGCUCACGAAGCAGAAAUGUGGGAAGUCCACUUCCAUCCCUCCAACCCCGAUCACUUAUUUACAUGUUCUGAAGAUGGAUCUCUUUGGCACUGGGAUACUUCCACAGAUGUAUCUGAAAAACCGUCUUUUCUUCAUCAAGGAGGAAGAAGUGCUACCUGUUUUUCCCACAAUAUCAUUAACCAGUCUGUAGUAAGUGCCUGGCUAAGCAACGAUCCUACCAAAGACCGCAUGGAAAUCACCAACUUAAUUCCAAAUCAGACUCUGUCUGUGAAUAGUUUAGAUAUUCUAGGACCGUGCCUAGUAUAUGGUACUGAUGCAGAGGCUAUUUAUGUGAAUAGACCACUUUUUGCAUGAAACAACUGCAGUAUGCCUUUGAAGUACUGAUCAUGUUGAACUACUGGGAAGUGUCAGGUUCAUUCUUAACGAUAAUCAUCAGUCUUUCAUCAGCAUGCAGGGGAAGGGCCUACAGCUUGGGUCUAGUACUGCAGAAGAAAUGUAAGGUACCUCAGAUUUUUGACAGCUGUCACUUGUUACUGAUGGUCCAGCAUAGGUAACUCAUUUCUUCCUUGGUGCCUGUUGGGUUUUUGCAAGCGGGAAAGUAGUUGCUAGAGCAAGAUAUUUGCUGUAAAAUUAUGUCCAUAAUACAAAUGUGUAUAAACAGUGAAGAAAAACUAACACCUUGAUUUUAUCCCCUGCCCUGUAAAGAUAUUUUUCAAAUAUUAAUUCUAAGGCCAAACUAUGGGGGUUCUUUGAAAUUCUUUUUAUGUCACCUGAGAGAGAUGGGGUUUUUUUUUUAAGCUGAGGGUUUUUUAUGUAUCUAGGGGAACAGAACUUUUUAUGUUAGUUCAUGAGAACUGGAAAGAAGUGUUAAAACUUUGAAAUGUGAAAGGUUCUGAAGGAAUCUUAGCAUUUUAGUAACAUUAUUUUAGAUCAUUUACAGCUUCAUCAUGGAUGCUGCAUGUUAAAACUCUAUCUUGAUAAUGUGCCAGUAACUCACAGAUAAGUCUUCUUUAUAGUUAAGAGGUUGUAAUUGACAGAUGUGUUGGCUGUGUUUUCAGGUUUGAGAAUAAGACUUUCUAAACAUGAGACAAAAUCUCACAGCUGGUCGGUUGCAAUCUUUCUGAAAUUCUAUUUUUUGGUUAGUGUUCUACCUGCCUUCUGUUGCAGAGAACCCUUUCUCUCUUUAAUAAAACGUUUUGCACAAGAA